CCCAUCGCGGGUUCGAUAUCGGUAUAAUGAUUAUUGCAAUAUCCACUUCUCUAGACUACUACCUAUAUAGUAUACUACCCGUUAUACUAGGCAUGUAUGGGGGUCGGGCCAUCUAGGGAUUUCAUACCUACACAAAGGGACCCCGCUCGCUUCUGGUCCGUUCCCACGUAAUACGGGACAACCCCGCCCCCACCAUUUAUGACAUAGGUAAUGUGCUCUCCCUUCACGACAGACAGCACCUUGCCCAGCAGCAUAUGUGUAAGAAGCCCCUACUGCGAGUAAGCUACCUACGUAAGGUGGUGCUUUUCCACUACUACUUCAUCCAGUCCGUUGGUCAUAAACGCCAGGAUAGAACAUGUCCGCGAAAACCGUGUUGGUGACUGGGGCUACCGGUCUCCUCGGCAGGCAGGUCGUGAGAGCCUUCGAGAGAGCCGACUGGAAUGUCAAGGGGACGGGCCACUCUCGCGCAGACGGGACGACGAUACUCAAGGUUGAUCUCGAAAACGAGCCAGAAGUCGUUGCCGCGCUGAACAAGACGAAGUAUGUUUGCGCCAACCUCGUGGAUCCCCAACUCCCGCUCGGGUUCCGCGCCGCAAACCGAUUCCCGGACAAAUGUGACCUGGAUCCCGAAGGGUGCCGUGCACUGAACGUCGAGGCUACCCGAAGAUUGGCCUCGCUGUGUUCCGCUCGCGACAUCUUCCUGAUAUACAUAUCCACCGACUACGUCUUCCCGGGCAAGCCCGGCGACGCUCCCUACGAGGCGGACGCGAAGCCGCAACCUACGAACCUGUACGGGCAGACGAAGCUGGAUGGAGAGCAAGUCGUCUUGGAAGAAUACCAGCGUGCUGGGAAGCAAGGCCUGGGUGUGGUCCUGCGCGUCCCGGUGCUAUAUGGUGACGCCGAGAUGCCGACUGAGAGCGCAGUGAACGUGCUUAUGGAGUCUGUCUGGAAGGUGCAGGAACCAGGUACCAAGAUUAGCAUGGAUCACUGGGCCCUCCGAUAUCCUACCAAUGAUGUUUCUGCUAAAUACCUAGGUUCUGAUGAUCGGUCCAAGUUACCGUCCAUUCUACAAUUCAGCUCGGAGGAUAAGUUCACGAAGUACGAGAUCUGCCAGCGGUUCGCAGAGAUCAUGGGCCUGUCGAUCGCGGCCAUAGAGCCCAAGACCGAGGGCAACGACCCAGGCGCUUCGGUUCAGAGACCGUACGACUGCCACCUUAGCACGAAAGCCCUAAAAGAUCUCGGCAUCGAUGUAUCGACCCAGGACUUCACCGGGUGGUGGCGGUGGAAUGUCAGGGCCUUCCGAAAAUGA